CUCAGUUUAUCCUCACUGGAGUGUCAUCACGUUGAGAACGAUGUAGCAUCCGAAAUGAUGUUCCAAGGUUUUCCCCCUCUCUUAGGUUCAUCUUAACGAAGCUAUAGGCACAUAGUAGUGGGACUUAUCCAUCCACCCUCUCCAUGUGUGCAUCCAUGCCUGUCCUGCGCACUGGGGCUGCCCAGCCAGCCCCUCCAUCUCCACUCGGUCCCUCCUCUCUCUCUCUCUCUUUCUCUCUCACUUCUGAGGGGGGGAGCAGUUUAGUUUAGACAGGCGGACGGGGAGCUCUGAGGCCGAUACCAGCUCAGGGCGAAUAUAUAUAUUUAUAUUAAAAAAAAACCGAAAACUUUGGGGAAGUGCUGACUGACAAGCUGUCGCUGUUUGUGUUUUGACAGGGGAAUGCAUCUCCUUUCACUUGAAGUUGUUUGCACCAUAACCGGUUUUGAGGAGGCGGUGAGGCGCGGCGGCGGAUGGGAACAUACAGCAGCAGCAGCAGCAGCGCCAAACUCACAAUGCGCCCGGAGUGAACGGAGGCAGGGAGACAAUACAGAUCCGCGGGCACACUGAGGAGCUCCCAAUCUCUCAUCUCUUCCUUCCCCCCCUUUAUUUUUUUUUUCCAAACCCUUCUCCAGAGUGGCAUCUCCUCAGUCUACGGCCGAUUUUAUUGAUUGAUCGAGACCCAGUUGACUCCGCGACGAGGGCAAGUGGUUUGAUCUCCAAACUCAGCCAUGACGUCUCCGGCGAAAUUCCGAAAGGACAAGGAGAUAGUGGCCGAAUAUGAAACUCAAGUUAAAGAGAUCCGUGCCCAGCUGGUGGAGCAGCUCAAGUGUCUGGACCAGCAGUGUGAGCUGAGGGUGCAGCUGCUGCAGGACCUGCAGGACUUCUUCAGGAAGAAGGCGGAGAUCGAGGUGGACUACAGCCGCAACCUGGAGAAGCUGGCCGAGAGGUUCCUCACCAAGACGCGCAGUACCAAGGACCAUCUACUCAAGAAAGAGCAGAGCAUUUUAUCACCGGUGAACUGCUGGAACCUGUUGCUGCUUCAGGUGAAGAGGGAGAGCCGCGACCACGCCACUCUGUCUGACCUCUACCUCAACAACAUCAUUCCCCGCUUCGCACAGAUCAGCGAGGACUCGGGACGCCUCUUCAAGAAGAGCAAAGAGGUCGGCGUUCAGCUGCAAGAGGACCUGAUGAAAGUUCUUAAUGAGCUUUACACGGUGAUGAAGACGUACCACAUGUACAACACCGACAGCAUCAAUGCCGAGUCCAAGCUGAAGGAGGCGGAGAAGCAGGAGGAGAAGCAGAUGGGACGCUCCGGUCGACAAGACGACCGACAGACGCCACGCUCCCCCGACACCCUGGCCAGCAUCAAGAGCGAUGAGAAACCCGUCCGGCGCUCCAGCGUGAAAAAAAUCGAGAAGAUGAAGGAGAAGAGACAAGCCAAGUACACAGAGAACAGGCUGAAGGCCAUCAAGGCGAGGAACGAGUACCUGCUCGCUCUCGAGGCCACCAAUAGCUGCGUCUUCAAAUAUUACAUCCACGACCUCUCCGACAUCAUUGACUGCUGUGACCUCGGCUACCACGCCAGCCUACACCGCGCCCUGAGGACCUACCUGUCUGCAGAACAAAACGUAGAGACGUCCAAACACUUGGGCCUGGAGACGCUGGAGGGAGCCACGGAGAGCCUGGAGGCCAACGGAGACAAACAGAAACUGAUGGAGACCUACAACAACGUCUUCUGCCCUCCGGCUCGCUUCGACUUCCAGUCCCACAUGGGAGACACGAUGGGAGUGGUGUGUGCGCAGCAGCCGUUGGAAAUCGAGUUGCUCCAGAGGUGUCAGCAGCUGCAGUCCCGCCUGUCCACGCUCAAGAUUGAGAACGAGGAGGUGAAGAAAACCAUGGAGGCCACUCUGUCCACCAUCCAAGACAUGGUGACGGUGGAGGACUACGAUGUCUCCGAGUGCUUCCACCACAGCAACAGCAUGGAGUCGGUCAAGUCCACUUUCAGCGAAUCCUAUCUCAGCAAGCCCAGCCUGGCCAAACGGCGGGCCAACCAGCAGGAGACGGAGCAGUUUUACUUCACGAAGCUGAAGGAGUUCCUGGAAGGCAGGAACCUGAUCACCAAGCUGGAGGCCAAGCAUGACCUCAUUGACAAGACCCUGGGAGAGAGUCAGAAGACUGACUGUUGCCUUGCCAGUGGACGGAGGAACUCGUCGGUACGGAAGCAGGACUCCGGUGAAGCCAUUCCUCUGAUGGUCGAGAGCUGCAUCCGCUUCAUCAGUCGGCAUGGUCUGCAGCAUGAGGGCAUCUUCAGAGUGUCAGGCUCUCAGGUGGAAGUCAACGACAUCAAGAAUGCGUUUGAGAGAGGUGAGGACCCGCUGGCAGGGGACCAAAAUGACCACGACAUGGACUCCAUUGCCGGCGUCCUGAAGCUCUACUUCAGAGGGCUCGACCAAGCCCUCUUCCCUAAGGAAGUCUUCCAUGACCUCAUAUCCUGUGUCUCGAUGGAGAGCCUCAUGGAGCGGGCAGUCCACAUCAAGAAAGGUCUGCAGUCUCUGCCAAACAAAACCCUCAUCAUCAUGAGAUACCUGUUCGCCUUCCUUAACCACUUGUCUCAGUACAGCGAUGAUAACAUGAUGGACCCCUACAACCUGGCCAUCUGUUUCGGCCCCACCCUGAUGUCUGUCCCCGAGGGCCACGACCAGGUCUCUUGCCAGGCUCACGUAAACGAGCUCAUUAAAACUAUCAUCAUCCACCAUGACACCAUCUUCCCCGGACCGCAGGACCUGCAGGGCCCCAUCUACACAAUUCCUGGAGCUGGAGACGACUUCUGUGACAGUCCACACUGUGAGCCCCCCCUGGUGGAAGAGCCUGCGCCCGACACCGUCUCAGUCGGCCACAACAGUGAAGAUGGCUCCUUGGCUGUUUCAGAGUCCGACCCGUUCGAAGCCAUCGCUCGUUUCGACUACUCCGGCCGGACUAGUCGGGAGCUCUCGUUCAAGAAGGGAGCGUCUCUGCUUCUGUUCCAGAGAGCCUCCGAUGACUGGUGGGAGGGACGACACAACGGUGUGGACGGACUGGUGCCACAUCAGUACAUUGUGGUCCAAGACAUGUCUGAUGGGGGCAGGGGAAGUCCAAAACCUGACGUGGACAGCAGGGACCUGCUGGAGGAGAGGGUGUCCACUAGAGGCAGCGCUGCUUCACCUACUGGAGCUCAUGUGGCUGACAUCUACCUGGCCAACCUGAACAAGAUGAGGAAACGUCCAGAGUCCGGGAGCAUCCGAAGAACUUUCCGGGGCUCAGAGAGCGACAGUACCAGUCCGGGAGCCAGCGGAGGGGGAGGGGGAGGGGGAGGGGGAGGCCCGAGAACAGCUUCUCUUCCUGUUGGCGGGGCCUUGGUGAAAGAAACUGGAGACAAACGGCCCGUCAGUGCUCACAGCAUCCUCAACUCAGUCACUCGGCACUCCUCUCUCAAGACCAAGGUGGAGAGUCCUCAGCUACGCAAGACAACCACAGCAGGGCGCUCCAAGAGCUUCAGCAACCACAGACCACUGGACCCCGAGGUCAUCGCCCAGGUGGAGCCCAGCUCACAGGACAUUGAGGCUGCCAUGAGCUCUGCCCUGAGUGAGCUUACUAAACUGGAGAGACAGAGCACCUCAAAACACACGCACGCCCCUGACGUGGUCCUGGACACACUAGAGCAGCUGAAGGGUGUGGGUGGCGGUGGGGGAGGAGGGGCGUCGGAGCCUUCCAGUCCCCUCCACUCCCGCCUGUUGCGGGACAACGAGGGCGGCUCCUCUCACGGCCACCCACUUCAGCGCAGCGCCUCCUCUGCCAGCGACGUGCCCUCCUCCUUCCGCCCAGCCAAGAGCCAGCCGAGGAGCCCCCUCCCCUCCGCCACGUCCCCCUCCCUCUCCUCCUCCUCCCUCUCCUCAUCCGUACCUUCCUUCAGAGAGCUGCGCCCGCCAGCGACGAGACCCAAACCGGUGGUGUUCCCGAAAAGUGGCGGAGGAGCCUGCAGCCCCGCCAUGGGUUCCCCGACCUCUACUGUGCCCCCUACGCCUCCUCCCCCACCCACAGGCCACACACACUCUCUCCCUCACACCCCUCCACCUCCACCUCCACCCCAGUCUAACGACAAAUCCUGCCCGGCUUAGGAUUCUCUCAGUCUGAUCCACCUUACUGAUUCUCACAAACUCUUGGAUUCUUACAGCUCUUCUAGCAGGUGCAGAAAGCACUUCAUUUGUUUUCACACGAGACCUAACCCACUACUCAUGUGUAGCAUUCACUUCUCGGUGUCCAGGCGAGUUCUUAAGACGCCGUGUUCCCUUUAGGGUGUCGAGAGUUAUUUCUGCCCUCUCCCUGCAGCUCUGCCAUCACAGGCGUAGAAUAAGAUGCUUUCUCUUUCUUUGCCACCACAGAGAUUCCAGGGAUCGUCGGACUUUUAAGAUCUCGUACAAGGGAACAGGACUCAGGACAGGCACCUACAGCUUACAUACACUAGUUUGUGAUGUUUGAAAUGUGUUUGAGUGAGCGUGCAAGCGUGUUACUUGCCUUUUACACACAGAAUUAAGUGAGGAACAAAAAGCACUGUUUGAUUUUUGUAUAGUAGACAUGACAGAGUUUUUUUGUUUUGUUGAGUUUUUCUUUUUAAUGACCCAUGACUAGCGGACUGGAAGGGAGUGUUUGAUUCCUGAGAAUAGACUGUGAAAUUCUAAGCUCUCAUUCUGUGUAGAAAUGAAAACUCACUGACUCGCUGCUUCAGAAGUGGAAAGACUGCAGAUUACAGGUGUUUCCGAUUGAUGGUGAAAGGAAAGAAAACUGGGCCAAAUAUCAGUGUAAGUCAUGUGAUCAAGAGCUUUAUUUUAUCUCUUCCUCCAGUGUUUGAUCUGUUGGUGAUUUUUUUUCUAUUAUUAUUAUUAUUAUUAUUAUUAUUAUUGUUCAGUACUAGUACCACAACAGGAGCAUAGCAGGAGCAGCGCUCUCCAAAACAUAACAACAGUAACUCCAAAUAUAGCAAUAAAAAGAAUGAAAGCUGGUAGUUUGAGGCAUUAUGCUGCUUCCCUCCUGCAGCUCUAUUGUGUAUGUAGAGGACCACUGAAACCCAGCAUUUUUAUAGGUAAUGUUGAAUCGCACUCACACACGGGCACACGCAUUUUCUCCAAAUGGGUGUGUUUUUUGUGGCAGCUAAACGCCUUUCAGGUUUUUCCUUGCAUGCUGGGGCCAUAGACAUCAGUUUAUAUAUCAGCAGUGCCAGCUAGAGGACGACUUCAAAACAAAGUUACAGCUUGCUCCUUUAACUAUAUCCUUCAGACUUAACAGUAAAAAAAGGGGUUUUAUUAUUCUAAUGGUGUGUAUGUAUGUGUAAUAAUCAUGAUAACUGGAAGCAUGGAGCUGAGGAUCCUCCUGAGUGUGUUUAGAUAGAAGCACAACCAACCACCUCAUCCGAUGCGUUCUUAAGCAAAAGUUUGCUUUUAUUAUUAUAAUUAUUUUUUUUCCCAGUUGUUUAUUAAUGCUCAGAUGAUGUAAUGCUAAACAUUUUGAACUGUGUAGCUGUCUGGGUGUGUGCAUGUGUGUGUGUGCCUGUGUGAGCAUGCAAGGAGUAUGUAUGCACCACUUCCCACCCCUGCCCCCCCCCCACCACCCACCACCCGUCAUCAUGGGAUGCCGCUCGGCAGCAACUAUAUGGCGUAACACACAGGAAAACCCUUCAGCUAGCAGCAGCCGUGCUGAAUAAAUAAGCACUGUGUAUGUGUUGCCAAAAAAGUCUGCAGGGAUACAUAAAAUGUUGUCUUCAGUUGCUCAGGUCCAGUGUGCAGGAUUUGGGAUGAUUUAGAGCCAGAAAUAGAAUCUAAUAUUCAUAAUUACAUUUCCAUUAAAGGGGCAACAUGUUGUUGGAAAAGUCCAAACUCGGCAUAACAUCUGAAUAAACAAACUGUACUCAGAGGAAAAUAAGGUCCUCAGAACACCGUUUGAAGCUUGAAAGGUGGCAGGGCCCGCCAAAGAUAAACAAAGUUAAAUGGUAUGAGAUCGUGUUGUCCUUUAAGGUCAGUUUGUUCAUUCAGUCCUGAAAACAAAGAGAGAUUAUUUACUUUUGUUUAGGCAUAAAAAAUCCAUCAAUAAAGGUAUUUUUUCUGAUUAAGUUUUCUUUGUCAAAAAAAAAAAAUACAUAGUGCACCUUUGAUUAUAUAUAUAUUAUAUAAUUAUUUAUUCACUUGAUAAGAAUCACUGCAUUUUCAUUACCUUCGAAUGAGCAUUUUAUAUCUUUCUCAAACUUGUUCAGAGUAAACCAUCUGCUUAAGUAAAGUAUUCUAGGAUAUUUGGCAAUGUUAUACCUUUAGUUCAGUUUUUCCUCUACGUGUGAACACUCUUGUAAUCAAUAAAGGAUCGCAGACUUUUUAGUUGGUUGCCCUCAGCAACCUCCCUGCUAGAUGCCACUAAAUCCUACACACUGGACCUUCAAAAGAAAGAGGCGAGAAAACCCCAAACCCAGGAUCUUAGACUUUUCCUUUUUUAAAUAUAAUUUGCUAAAAUGUAUCUUUGCAUUAUUAGAUCUGAUGAAGAAUUGAGGAUUAUGUGAAUCAUUUUGUAAACACUGACUUCCAAAGUUGAGGCAUGCCAUUCAUGGUAAGCUGAAUAACACCUUUCCUGUCCUCGAAAACAGUAUUGAUUGAAUUCUGUCCUCAUAUUCCCCAUCUUCCCCUUCCUCCAUCCUCCUCCCAGAGAGACGGCACAUACUGCAUUCCUGUAUGUUCUCCAGGUGAUGAAUUAUAACUGUAAAGGGUUUUUUUGUUUUUUUUUAAAUCUCUGUAUACUGUUGUGUAUGACCUGGCGUAUUUUGUGUUGCUCUUACCUCAUUGUGACAGCUAGAGGGAGUGUGACCGUGUAUGUGUGUGUGUGUUUGCAGUGAACUGAUCGACGCACACAGGCACUCUCACACAUACAGACGUGCAUGUGGUUGGUUGGUUGGUUGGUUGGUGUGUUUUGUCCCGGCCGUUGGGACUCUUCUUCGAUCUUAAAUCAAUCAUCGUGCACUUGAACAACUUGGCUUGCGUGUGGACUAACUGUGUGGGGAUGAGUUGUCAGAAUUGAAUAUUGUUAAAUAUGCAUUUUUGUGUCCAUUUGAAAACAGCAGAACUAAAAAAAAAAAAAAAAAAAGACUGUAAUGUCAAAUCUAUUUAUAGUUGUCUCUGUAUUACUGGAGAAUCCUGUGUUCAGAUGUACUUUGUAUAUACAAUGUUGUACAUUACAGAGGUACACUCUUUUUUGGUACAAUAUUGUACAGUAAUAGCAAUAGUAGUUUAAUCAAAUAGGCCUUAUAUAAUUCUAUGUGUAGUUCUUGUAGUAGAUCUGUUUUUUAAUAAACAUUGCUUGCUAUAAAGAUU